AUGCGGACCCACCUGUACUCUACCUUCGUGAACCUGACGAAAGCCUUCGACACGGUGAAUCGUAAAGGACUGUGGAAGAUCAUGCAGAAAUUCGGCUGUCCGGAGCGAUUCACUCAGAUGGUGCGUCAGCUGCACGACGGUAUGAUGGCGCGAGUCACGGACAACGGAGCUGUCUCAGAGGCAUUCGCAGUGACCAAUGGAGUGAAGCAGGGAUGCGUGCUGGCGCCUACCCUCUUCAGUCUUAUGUUCUCAGCCAUGCUGAUGGACGCCUACCGCGACGAACGCCCCGGGAUCCGCAUCGCCUACAGGACCGACGGUCACCUGCUGAACCAACGGCGGAUGCAAUUAAAGUCGCGCGUAUCCACAACCAUCGUCCACGAACUUCUCUUCGCCGACGACUGCGCCCUGAACACCACCUCGGAAGAGGAGAUGCAACGGAGCAUGGACCUGUUCUCCGCCGCCUGCGAGAACAUCGGUCUGGUCAUCAACACGCAGAAGACGGUGGUGAUGCACCAACCGCCACCGAACUCAGUCACAGCCCCCAACGCGCCGCCGCAAAUCAGCGUGAAUGGGGACCAACUGCAAGUGGUGGAGAACUUUCCGUACCUGGGCAGUACCCUCUCCCGCAACACCAAGAUCGACGACGAAGUCGCCAACAGGAUCUCAAAAGUCAGUCAAACCUUCGGCCGCCUCCAAAGCACAGUUUGGAAUCGUCACGGACUUCAACUGAGCACGAAGCUAACGAUGUACAAGGCCGUCAUCCUGCCGACGCUGCUGUACGGAGCGGAGACUUGGACGGUGAACACAAAGCAGGCACGCCGACUGAACGACUUCCACCUCAGUUGUCUUCGUCGCAUCCUGAGGCUGAACUGGCAGGAUCGAAUCCCCGACACUGAAGUACUGGAACGAACGGGAAUCCUCGGCAUCUACACCAUACUGAGACAAAUCAGCUGCGCUGGAGCGGCCACCUGGUGCGCAAGGACGACGAGCGACUACCCAAACGACUCUUUUACGGAGACGUCGCGACGGGUUCUCGUCGUCAAGGAGGCCAAAUUCGCCGUUACAAGGAUACCCUGA